CAUAAGGUGCUGGGCAGACGCUGCUCCUCGGUUGCGUUCGGCUGCAGAGGAGCGCGAAGAAUCCGAGUGUGGAGGCGUGGACACAGCACGAAACACGCUGUCUACUACCCUGUCCGGGUCAGACUGCCUCCCUACUGCCCCAAGCCUGGCCAGGGUCUCUCACCCACGUCUCCAGAAGCAGCCAAGAUUUUCCCUCUUCCGUGCGGGGCACUGCUAGCCCCGACCUCGUGCCUGUCCCAUAGCACGUGCAUGGGUAGCGCACACGCUAAGUGUCUGUUGUCACCGUGCGCCAGAACCACGGCUCCAGUGGGCAGCGCGGCACGUGGACUUAAGAGGCGGACCUCCAGCCGACGAAAGCAGGAGGCACCGCAGGACCGGUCUAGCACCCUGGCCUCCUGUGACCUUGCUGGUGGUCAGUAACCAGGGAUUUGCAACAUCAGACAGAAGGAGAAACUCGGCCAAUCCGUUGGGCGCCGAAGGAAAGUGCACGACAGGAGUGCUAACCAAUCCGGCCCCGAGCUGACUGAGCGACAGCGACGAGCACCCACUCGGAGAUGCAAUACGGAAGCGGGCCAAUCCGUGACGGGGAAGGCGAGUUCGCGCCAAUCCCGGCUGAGAAGGUGGGAAGGGGCAGAGCCCGUCCGAGGGCUGCUCAGUGGUGGGUGAGGGACCAGCUUUCGCUCUAGUUCCCACCCCAGGUUCCCGGAGCCCUUGGAGCGAAGGAAGCAGUGGCCCAGGGGAGUGUCUGAAUCGAGACGAGGAGGCAUCACCGUGGAGGGUGAAGCCACUGGUAGGGACCUUUCGGGGGUGCCUUCCCUUCGUGGGGUGCUAUGGAGUUUCCAGAACACAGCCAACAGUUGCUGCAGAGCCUUCGGGAGCAGCGGUCCCAGGGCUUCCUCUGUGACUGCACGGUGAUGGUGGGUAGCACCCAGUUCCUGGCCCACCGGGCUGUGCUGGCCUCCUGUAGCCCCUUCUUCCAGCUUUUCUACAAGGAGCGGGAACUGGACAAGAGAGAUCUGGUGUGUAUUCACAACGAGAUUGUCACAGCCCCAGCCUUUGGUCUGCUGCUGGACUUCAUGUAUGCCGGCCAACUAGCCCUACGGGGUGACACUCCCCUGGAGGAUGUGCUGGCGGCUGCCAGCUACCUGCACAUGAAUGAUAUAGUCAAGGUGUGUAAACAGAGGCUGCAAGCCCGGGCCUUGGCAGAGGCUGAUAGCACGAAGAAAGAGGAGGAAGCCGGUUCACAGCCCCCUGGCUUGGAGUUUCUGCCCAGCACUUCCCAUGGUUCUCAGCCAUCACUGGGGUCCUCUGAAACAACGUCAGGCCAGUGGGGCAAGGAGGAAUGGAAGAGCCCAGCUGCUCCCUUACCUGCUGUGUGUCCUCCAGAGGAUCCACCUGUAUCUGGUGGCGCGGACACCACACAGCCUGGUAUGGAGGUAGACUCGACACACCUUCGGACAGCGCCCCCACCAGGAGCAGAUGGCUCAGCAUCUCUGGCCAGCCCUAGUAGCUCCACAGAGGCUCUUCCUGCAAAUUACUUCCCUUCUGGCCUCCCUGCAGCUACCGUGGAGCCCUUGACUCCCCUUGGGGUGGUGGAGCCCCGGGACCCUGGAGGACCACUGCAAAGCUUCUACCCUGCAGCUCCAACCCCAGUUCCAGUUGAAGCAGAGCUGGUCCAGGUGAAAGUAGAAGCCAUUGUGAUCUCUGAUGAGGAGACAGAAGUGACUGAGGAGCAGCCUCAGGGUCAUGAGAGUCCCUUCCCACCCAUUGGAGCGCUGUUUGGAGGACAGCCUGCCCAGACUGCCCAACCGCAGGUGUUUGAAGAGCCUGGAGGCACAGGCCUGGAGGAGGUGGGGCCAAGUGACCACUUCCUGGCUCCUGAUGCUCACUUGCCCUACCACCUACUGCCAGGAUCUGGGCAGUACCCUCGAGGACUGGUGGCCUCACCCCUCCCUACACCCCCAACCCUGCAGGAGCCACUAUACCCAUCAUCUGAGUACGAAGUGGCCCCAGGAGGUUUUGGUGUCUUUACCGAGGAUGUUCCUACCUGUAAGACCUGUGGGAAGACUUUCUCGUGUUCCUACACACUCAGACGACACGCCACUGUCCACACACGAGAGCGGCCCUAUGAGUGUCGCUACUGCCUGCGCAGCUACACCCAGUCAGGGGACCUCUACCGCCACAUCCGCAAAGCACACAAUGAGGACCUGGCCAAGCGCAGCAGAACUGAUCCAGAAGCUGGUUCUGUUCUGGGGGUGCAGCCCCACCCUGGCUCCCCAAUGGCAGACAAAGGGAGCAGUGGUGGGGGAGGGGUGCCCAAAGAAUUUCUACUUGGUCCUAAAAACUGAUAUCUGGGUAUAGGAACUGUCCCCAGGCCUGCUCUUCUUUGCCUUAGCUGGCAGCAUAGAGGUGGGAGGAGUCUCAUUGCUCCAUUUUUUUGUUGUUUUAUUUCAUUUUUGCAGCAGGGUCCUACUAUACAGUUCAAGCUGGCCUUGAACUCACUAAGUAUCCCAGGCUGGCCUUGAAUUCUCAGCAGUCCUCUUGCUUCACCCAAAGUGGCUCAUCUCAUCACAGAAUGAAGGUUUUGCCAGGCAGAAAGCUCCUGCCUGUGUCUCUUAGCCAGAUAAAGCAGGACUGAGGCAGAGCCUGGGAAACCUCCACAGGUGUAACCACUGCUCCAUGGGCUAGAACAUAAAGCUCGAAUGAAACAACCUC